CUUCAUAUCACUGGCGUCAGAUCAAUAUGAGGCAACUCAGUCAACUGCGUGUUGUUCUGCGAGCCGUGACGAUGACGUAAGGACAGCGUAGCCCGUUGGAGUAUAACACAGAACACUCGUUUCUUCAACUUACACUCCCUCUCAACGAAGGCAACAUUACACAAUCGUCUUGGAUCCCUGUUCCUAAUUUAGCAAAUUUUCAAAAUGGGGGCUCACUCAAUUCGUCGCGCCACUCAUGACGACUUCGAUGAGUUGAUGCAGAUUGGUGAUGUGUACCAGGGGAUGGACUAUCUUGGGCAUCGCUACCACACUUACAUCGACGACCCAAACAACAGAUCAUACGUCUACGUGAUAGCAGAUGAAAUUAUUGCCCUUUGCUCAGCAUUCAUCAUCGAUGAUGGGCAGACCUUCAUGAUCAGAGGAGCCCGGACGAAGGAAGGUUUCCGGGGCCAAGGGUUCUACGGCAAACUCAAUAAAUACGUCUACGCCCAGUAUGGGAAGAUACCGUCCAUCAAAUAUGACGUGAUGACGACCGGCAAUCACAACUACGACGCUAAUAAAGAUCGCCUGUUAAGAAAACACACAGAAUUAAAUAGAAAGAGUCUGGUUCAUGGUCGAUUCAAGAUGUCAGACACACAUGUUCGUGAGCUAGAAGGACCAUAUCCGGUCUUGCAGGAAAUGACGUCAAGUGAUCUACUGGACCUCUUUGGUUCUGAAGGAUCACGCAAAAGUCUUUUUCCAGUGAAUAAAAUUGUGAUAGAUUGGAUACCCCUUCGCUUCCUCCCCAGCAAUAUGAAGUACAUCUUGGAGCCGGAAGCACUGUGUCUGAGGUCAAAAGGCAAUAACGGCGAAACAACAUUACUCACGUUUGGCACGCCUAGCAACUGCGAGCUGGGCCUCCGGUACAGCAUGGAUAUAUUUGGAGAUGACUUCGCAGAUUUUCCGUAUCACGUGAAACGGCAUAUGAGUCACGUGGCCACCCUGACGCAAGGUUACGUGUUCCUGCAGAUGGUUAUAGAGGAGAGGUUCAGGGAAAACGCCGUCAAUGUUCUCCCACUUUUAAACCUCCCACCUUUCGAGUUUUCAUGGACAACCCAGAUUAACUUUGAAACUACCUUUAAAGUGAUAAAAUGAUGAACCCGCUCUGACUGAUGAUGUUUUUGCAAACACUUGCUUUUAUCACUAUUUGAUAGUGCUUCAUGACCACAUGCUUAUGCUUUGUGCAAUGGGCUCCGCUUUUAGAAGAGAUUCCAUAUGCUUUGGGAAAAGUUUGUAUCAAUGCAUUAUAUUGUAUGAAUAAUUUUAUUUCAGUAAGUGGGCCAUAGAGAAUAUUACACUCAUAACUUGUCAAUAACUUUGUUAUGAUAACAUUGAAGGCCAAACGAACUGUAGAUGGAAGUUUUGUUUGUUUGUUUGUUGUUUAACGCCGCACUCAGCAAUAUUCCUGCUAUAUGACGGCGGUCUGUAAAUAAUCGAGUCUGGAGUCUUUUUUCUGUUUCUGUGCAUUGUACCACAUGUCCCCUUAUUUGAUAGAUUGAUAAAUGAUUUAAGUUAUAUAGGCGCGAUCUUUAAGCAUAGAGCAUUAAGCAUGGGGCACCUUUCUACUUUAUGUUUACUGCACGACAUCAAUUAGUGCUUCUCGUUGUUCUUCGGACUGAGCAGCAAACACAAACUCGCAUAUCUAAUAAAGAUU